GAAACCAUUGUCCCUCCUUCCUUUUCCAACUUCAUUUUCAUCUGAAACCUCACUUUCUCACCACAUCAUAGUUUUCAUAAUAAUAACAAGAAGUAGAAAUUUCUCAGUAAAAGAAUGCAAGAUUCAUUGACUUGGCUCUCCAGUGACCAGUCUUCUCCCAAGUUUAAGGCUUGUGUGGCUGGAGAACCUCACUAUCUCAAAACUGUUGCCGCCUGCAGCAUUUUUCUUUGAAAUUGAUGACCCCCACAUGAGAUUCUAGCUAGCUCCAUAUUCCAAAGUAAGAAGUGACAGAAGAAAAGGAGGAGAAAUUAGAAGAAAAAAAAUCCAGAAUUCGGUUAUGGUUAAUCAAUAGGGGCUGUGGAUGAGGUAUAUUCAAGUUCAUGUGCAUGAUUGAAGAGGAUGGCCAACAUGGAGCGAGUGAUUUCAGAUUUCAUGUCUUGGUUUCCUCUUUGGGCAAUUUUGGUGCUUGACUUGCUGCUCAAGGUUUCUGGCAACACAGAAGGUGAUGCUCUGACUGCAUUGAAGAACAGUGUGAGUGAUCCUAACAAUGUUCUUCAAAGUUGGGAUUCUACACUUGUCGAUCCUUGCACAUGGUUUCAUGUUACUUGCAACAAUGAAAAUAGCGUGACCCGUGUUGAUCUUGGAAAUGCAAACCUUUCCGGUCAACUUGUUCCACAGCUUGGCCAACUCCCAAAUUUGCAAUACUUGGAACUUUAUAGUAAUAAUAUAACUGGGAAAAUCCCAGAUGAGCUUGGAAGUUUGAGAAACUUGGUGAGCUUGGAUCUUUACUCGAACAACAUUACUGGUCCCAUUUCAGACAACUUGGCCAACCUUAAAAAACUACGUUUCCUGCGUCUGAACAAUAACAGCUUGUCAGGAAAGAUCCCUGUUCGUUUGACCACUGUUGAUUCACUUCAAGUUCUUGAUUUAUCGAACAACAACUUAACUGGAGACAUCCCAAUCAAUGGUUCUUUUUCAAGUUUUACUCCCAUCAGUUUUAGGAAUAAUCCUUCAUUGAAUAAUAACACCCUUGUACCUCCACCGGCUGUCACACCGCCACAAAGUUCUUCAGGUAAUGGUAACCGUGCUAUUGUAAUCAUUGCUGGAGGAGUUGCUGUGGGUGCUGCACUGUUGUUUGCAGCUCCAGUAAUUGUACUUGUUUAUUGGAAAAGAAGGAAGCCAAGGGACUUUUUCUUUGAUGUUGCAGCUGAGGAGGAUCCUGAAGUUCACCUUGGUCAGCUUAAAAGGUUUUCACUGCGUGAACUGCAAGUUGCAACAGAUACCUUUAAUAACAAAAACAUUCUUGGUAAAGGUGGAUUUGGCAAGGUUUAUAAAGGACGCUUAACAAAUGGUGAUCUUGUAGCAGUAAAAAGACUUAAAGAGGAACGAACUCAGGGUGGGGAGAUGCAAUUUCAAACUGAAGUGGAAAUGAUCAGCAUGGCUGUCCAUCGAAAUUUGCUUCGCCUGCGUGGUUUCUGUAUGACACCUACUGAACGCUUGCUUGUGUAUCCUUUCAUGUCUAAUGGAAGUGUAGCUUCAUGUUUACGAGAUCGUCCGGAAUCACAACCACCACUUGAAUGGCCAAAACGGAAGAAUAUUGCUCUAGGAGCUGCUAGGGGGCUUGCUUAUUUGCACGAUCAUUGCGACCCAAAGAUUAUUCAUCGUGAUGUCAAAGCUGCUAACAUAUUGUUAGAUGAUGACUUUGAAGCAGUUGUAGGAGAUUUUGGUUUAGCAAAACUUAUGGAUUAUAAGGAUACUCAUGUUACUACCGCAGUACGCGGUACAAUUGGCCAUAUAGCACCAGAGUACCUCUCAACUGGAAAGUCUUCAGAGAAAACUGAUGUUUUUGGAUAUGGUGUGAUGCUUCUUGAACUAAUAACUGGACAGAGGGCUUUUGAUUUAGCACGACUCGCCAAUGAUGAUGAUGUCAUGUUGCUUGACUGGGUGAAAGCACUUCUGAAAGACAAGAGGUUGGAGACACUGGUGGAUACAGAUUUAGAGGGAAAAUAUGAGGAGGCGGAAGUAGAGGAGUUAAUCCAAGUGGCCUUGCUAUGCACACAAAGCUCCCCUAUGGAAAGACCAAAGAUGUCUGAGGUGGUGAGAAUGCUAGAUGGUGAAGGUUUGGCAGAAAAAUGGGAUAAAUGGUGGCAGAAAGAGGAUAUGAUCCAACCAAACUUCGACCCCUCCAAUCUCCACAAUGGUUAUUGGCGGCCAUUAUUAGACUCAACUUCAAAUAUUGCACCAGAUGAACUGUCAGGUCCUAGAUGAUCUUUGAACAAUGAAACGUUUAGCAAAGUAAGAGACGCUUUGUAGAAACAAAUAUGUUUCUCUCAAAGCUCCAAAAUGUUGGUUUAUUAAUGCACCGUAUAAUUAGUAUGCCAUUAUUAGACUCAACUUCAAAUAUUGCACCAGAUGAACUGUCAAGUCCUAGAUGAUCUUUGAACAAUGAAACGUUUAGCAAAGUAAGAGACGCUUUGUAGAAACAAAUAUGUUUCCCUCAAAGCUCCAAAAUGUUGGUUUAUUAAUGCACCGUAUAAUUAGUAUGCCAUGCAGUGGUGAUAACAGCUUGUGUCUAAAUAUUCCUUAGUCUUUGAUCACUGUUACUUCACUGCAUGUUCAAAGAGUGUUACUACAACACUUUGAAUACAUUCUCCAUGAACCACGUAGAUACCAGGUUAUAUUGGUGCCAUAUUUUUUACGUGUAAACUGACACUGAUCAUUGCAGAAUAUAUAUAGUGAUUUAUGAAACAACCAGUUAAAAGGA